ACACCACGAUACCAUUGGCAGAUGAUCCUUGGUAAUACAUCAAUUUAUCACAAAAAUUGCCAGCUACCAUAGAGCCUUUCAUCUUAGGUUUUUAGUUCGCUUUUCUGAUAUUUUAGUCUAUUACAAAUUCAGCCAAUGCAACACGAAAUGUUUUCAGGUUUGUUGUUAUGUAUGUUAAGCAACUUCAAGAUCUCAUGUUAGAGUUUUGUUUUCUUGUCUUGGUGUUUGUCAAGUAUCAUGAAAUCAUCACAAAGCAAUUAUCAAACACUAGUAUUAAAAUCUGCUAUUACCUCUAGAUUCCUCCUCUUAGCUCUAAUUGUCCUAUGGCGCAAUCUCCUCCACCCCUACGACACUUCCUCUCCCCUGAACCCUACUUGCCUCUCCUCGAACUCCACUACCCAUCAUCAUCAUCCUCAUCAGAAUAUCCAAUUUCCACGAAUUGCCUCUGCAAUUGAGCAGAGUAUAGUGUGGGAUAGUGUCUACUUUGUUCGAAUUGCUGAAUGUGGUUAUGAGUAUGAGCAGUCCUAUGCCUUCUUGCCUCUGCUUCCCAUUUUUAUGUUUCUUUUUUCCCGUACAGUAUUCGCGCCAUUGGCUCCUUUUAUUGGAGUUAGGGCUGUGCUGGCAUUGGCCGGAUAUGUGGUUAAUAAUGUUGCAUUUGUGCUUUCUGCGGUUUAUCUUUACAGGCUUUCAGUAAGAAUUUUGAAGGAUCCAGAAGCUGCACUGCGAGCGUCGUUUUUGUUUUGCUUCAAUCCAGCUUCUAUUUUUUAUUCAUCAAUCUAUUCUGAGAGCUUGUAUUCCCUAUUCUCACUUGGAGGAUUGUACCACUUAAUAUCUGGUGCAAAUAACAUCGCUCUUCUUUGGUUUGGUCUCUCUGGUUGUGCAAGGUCUAAUGGAGUGCUUAAUGCUGGUUAUUUCUGUUUUCAGACAAUGCAUCGAGUUUAUGAUGAUGUAUUCUUAAAAAGACGUUCUUCUUUGGCAGUUCAGGGAAUUAUUAUCGGAGUAUUGCGUGCUGUAUGUAUAUUUCUCCCAUUCAUUGCAUUUCAAGCAUAUGGCUACCACAAUAUAUGUCAUGGACGUGCCCUGGACAAAAUGAAGCCUUGGUGCAAAUCUAAAAUACCAUUGUUGUACAAUUAUAUUCAGAGUCACUAUUGGGGAGUCGGUUUCUUGAGAUAUUUUCAGCUGAAACAGUUGCCAAACUUUCUGCUUGCAUCUCCAAUACUGUCUUUGGCGCUUUGCUCCAUCCUCUAUUAUGUGAGAUCACAACCUGAGAUGUUUUUCUCCCUGGGUUUCAGAGCUUCUAAUUGGGAAAAGAGGUCAAUAGCUUCAUCUUUUUCUCUAGAUACAGAUUCAGGACCAAACACUACUCACUCUAAGGAUAACCCCUCUACUAAAAUGCAAGAAAAUAACAAUCUUAGAAACAGGAAACAAACAAUCAAAGGUGAUGAUCAUCCUAUGAUUCCUAAAGAGCACGAUUCAUUACUGAAGCCAGGAUCCUUUCAUACCUAUAUUAUCCCAUGUAUUUUGCACUUGGGAUUCUUGGCAGCCACAGCAUUCUUCGUUAUGCAUGUGCAGGUUGCCACACGUUUCCUGUCUGCCAGUCCUCCCCUUUAUUGGUUUGCGUCACAUAUAAUGAUGUCUCGUGGUAUUAGUAAGAGGUGGGGGUACAUGAUUUGGGCAUAUUCUGUAGCUUACAUUCUUCUUGGCAGUCUGCUAUUUUCGAACUUCUACCCUUUCACUUGAUUAAAUGAUUGGUGUUUUCCUCUUGAGCAAGAUGAGAGUUUCUCCUGUUAAUCAGAUCUUAACGAUGCUCCAAAGAUAAUUUGAAUGUGAGUGCACAAAUCAUGGGAAUGUGCUCAAAUUCUCCGUUCUUGUUGGAAAGUGCAACUAUGAAGAUUUUUGGUCGUCGCCCUGUUUUUCUGCAGUAAACGAGAAGCACUGACCCUAUGUUUACGAACUUUAGCAGGAUGAGUUUUUUUUUUUUUUUUUUCUUUUUCUGUCGCCUGCCAGUGAAAUUCACUGUCAUAGGUAGUACUGUUGCUGGAUAAAACAAAUGAGAUUAAAGCAUAUUAUACUUUUCUUAUUAAGAAGUAUAUUUCGUUGAUGCA